AUGACGGACCAAGAGACUGCCCCCCCCGCACCAUCAGUGCCCGCCCGGCCGCGGCUGAACCUGAAGCCGAGGGAUCCAGAGGCCGUGGCCAGGAUGGAGGCUGAGAGACAGGCUUCAAUUGGGAAGAGCCCCUUCGGCAACGCAAAACCCCGAGAGGCCGUGAUUGCUGGCCGCGUGGGGAAGACCGAGGAGGAGGUGCUCAGGGAGGAGGUCAAGUCCACCUACAAAUUGCAUCUGCGCCUGAGUCCCAGCCAGCUGGACGAGAAGAAGGCCCAGGAGGCUGUGAUUAGGCAGGCAGAGGAGACCGCCGAGGCCGAGGAGGAUGCCGAGAAGAAGGCGGAGCUCAACAGCGAGGUGGCCGUGCAGAAGGAGAAGUUGGCGGAGCUCCUGGGCGGCUUUGAGGGCUUUCCCGAGUACCAGCAGCAGGCGGGGCACGGGGCUCGGGGCGGGGAGUAUCAGGAGGCCCGGCAGGGGCGCAGCCAGUACCAGGAGCCGCGCCAGCAGGGCGGCGCGGACGCGGCGACCAGCUUCCACCGCGCGCCCGGCGCGUUCGUCCCCGGCGAGGACUCAGACGCCGGGAUGCCAGGGCCCUCCCCCGCGCCGGCGCACACUCUCACUCGAGCGCUGUGCACCGCCGACACAGGCUACACGCCCCCCGCGCUGUCGGGCAGGGGCGUGGGCGGGGAGAUUAACUUCGAGGAGAGCUACGGCGCGGGCCAGGACCGCUUCUGA